CGAACAGCGCAAAGGAUGUCCAGUAUUGUUACGGGCGCGACUCCAGCAUGGACGAUGGAGGAAUUUCCAAGCAAAAUAGAUCCAAUAUCAAACGUGGGCAGCGACGUUCGACAAAAAGUGAAAACAGCGCCGGACGUGCCCAGACAGAGUGAUUCGGCGGAGGAUAGUGAUUUGGAAAAUCCUACCGAGUGCCGUGAGAUGGACCGUUACGUGAGGCUGCGGGAGGAACACGUGGAAGCGGUGGUGAUUCUCAAGAAUGAAAAAGUGCAGGAGAGCUUCGACAAAUCCGACGUCGAGGAAAGCCUUGCCAAGAAUAAUGGAAAAUUGACUUUUAAUUUGACGCCGGAGCAGCUCGGGAAUGUGACAGGUUGUGGCGGAGGAAGCGAUGCGCAAAAAAUCAAUCCGUCCGGUGGUGUCUUCUCAGAAGACAAGAGCAUUGUGAGGAAAUCUAGCUUACGCAGAAAUUCGCUCCGUGGCAAUCAAAUCGAGCUGGAGAAGCAAUAUGUGAUGGAACCGCCGAAGCCAAUUCCACGGGCAACAGGGCUAUUUGAGGUGCCGAAGAAAAUUCUCAUGCCAAUGCUCAGUGCAGAACAAAAUUCCGUUGAUGCCAGUACUGUUCAGGACAAACAACUCAAAUUUGAUGAAAUUCUUACCGUUUACGACGUAUUCCCGACAGAUUUUCUGCCGGUCAAGUAUUUGUGCGGUAUUUGCAAGAAGCUUUGCAACGAGCCACGGGUGCUCGACUGUUUGCAUUCCUUCUGCAAGCGAUGUCUGAUUGAGCUGGAGACCAGCAGCCAAUCCGGAAGCAAUCUAUUCUGGCGCCGCAUAACCGAGAGUUGCCACUUAGAAUUGGACUCGGAGGCAACGGCGUUCUCAUCAAGCGAUGAGAAAGGACAAAGUGAAAAGUUUCCACAACCGGCAUCUAAAGCACAUCAUGAGCCUCCGCACUCUGCCAGCAGUGCAACACCAGCAACAGCAGCAGCAUCAGCAGCAGCUAAUCGUGAAGCGUUCAGCGCAGAGUCACGUUUCGAUCAGAUUAGAGCUUCCUUUCAAAGUUUCAAGGAGAAGAACUGUUUAAAAUCACCGUCGAAAGAAAAGAUCAAAGAAAAGUCCGGCAAAGCUUCCAAAAUAUUAUACAGCAAUCAAGAGAAGCACAUCCCGUGUCCAACCUGUGGCAUGGCAACCGAAAUUCCCCUCGGUGGCGUGACCCGCCUUCCACCGCAUUUCGUAAUGGCACGUAAAAUUGAGGACAUGGUGUCGGCCUGUGGGAAUCCUCCAGCGAACGUUCUCUGUGAGCUGUGCACCAGUGAAGUGACGGCGACAUCAUCCUGCACGACGUGCUCGCUGAAGCUGUGCAACUUCUGCCGUGAGACUCACCAGAGGCAGCGGAACACGUCCAGUCACAUCGUCCGCUCGGUUGGGGAGCUGCUGAAAAAAUCCCGUCGCUCUGAUCCAGAGGCACGCUCCAUUAAGUGCCCCGUGCAUCCGGAGCAUCAAUUAAAAUUAUUCUGCACCACUUGCCACCAAGUGAUAUGCAACGAGUGCACGGCGCACGUUCACUGGGAUCAUAAGCAUACGUCUGCCUCGAAAGCGUGCAAAAUCUACAGCAGAUUUGUGAGGAAUGCAAUCGAGCAAACGAAACCACUGGAGGAUUACGCCUCGCAGGCCAUCGGUCGGCUCAACGAUUUGUCGGUACGGAUCAACAGCCGGUGUGAAGCCGUCCAGCGGGAUGUCGAGGUGUUCGUUGACGAGUAUAUCGAAGCAUUGGAGGACCACCGGAAGACGCUGCUGAAGCAGAUCGACGAUAUACGGGAGGCCAAGAUGGAGAUGAUUAUUGCACAGCAGAGUGAUUUGGAGCAACGCUCACGAAACGCCCGCGCGGCCAUCGACUUCGCGGAGGAAAUCAUCAGCGAGGGCAGCGAAAUUGAAAAUCUGGUGUUCGUAAGCAUUCUGCUCAAUCGGUUGGAGCAUUGUCUGAAAUCGAACCGUACACUCGACUUCAAAGUGGCGGACACGUUGGAGUUUUUGCCGGAUGAGCUGGCGCCCUGCUUCAAGUUGCAGAACCAGAUUGCCCUGUACGGUGUGGUAACGACACAAAAAGCGGACCCGAGAAAGUGCACGCUGGAGAAUUGCGCCGAACUGGCGUGUCUGAAAGUACACAAAAAGGUGGAACUAUCGCUUGUCACCAAGGAUUACGAGGGUAAAACGAUGAAUCACGGCGGGAUUAUGAUACAAACAGAUCUCCGCUAUAGGGACGAGGAAACGAGGGUCGUCUCGCUUCAUGUCGUCGAUAAUAGAAACGGGACGUACAGGCUGUCGUUUCUGCCGGACCGUGCAGGUGUUAUGAAUCUGAUGAUAUCCGUUGAUGGGAAAGUUAUUGAGGACUGCCCAUAUGUGUUGCGAAUUCAUAACUUACGGCCACACUCCGGUGUGUACCACUGCUGUUCGUUCUGCUCGAGUAACGGGUCGAAGCAUAGCACCUGUGCAUGCGGCAGCAUCAUGCCUGGAGGCUACCGGGGUUGCGGACACGGUCACGAAGGACAUCCCGGUCAGCGACACUGGUCUUGCUGUGGCAGUCUUGCAGAAUGCUCCGACUGUGUGUCUCAGGGUAAAAGCUGGCGGUAAAAAAAGGUUAAACGAGGUUUAUAGUCCUAUUUUCAGUAAUGAAGAAAUUCAUAUGAAAAGCAAAGUAUCGAGUAAUUCACAGUGUUUCAAUAAUUCAGAUAAUAUAGUCACCCCAGAAUAACAUUUGCACUCUACACAAUAUUCGACUUCGAUACACAAUUAACACAGUUCCGGUAGCAUCCGAUUGAAAUUAAUGCUUUAUUAUCAUUUUGAAAUUUGCCUUUUGUUCAUAGUGAACUGCCGCAUCUUGAAGAUUCUCAGCGAUUCAUGGUAGGAAGAUCGCCUUAAAGAAAAUUAAGAGCGUAGGUUGGCAAGAAAUAUUGUUUAAUGCGUAGAGCCGAUCAGGUAAAACGAUCGCCUCUGUAUGUUGUGUUUGUCUUUUGCGUUUUGCACGUUGUUGCUCUUACCCGAUAUCUCCUCUUAGCUGUAUCGUAGGCCAACGUGAACAAGGCAAAUGAACGUGCUAAACCUAGUCAUUUCGUGCAGCUUUAUAACAUUCCGGUGGUGCCACUGCACGUGUGCGGUUCUUGCAAUCGAAUUAUGGCCUCCUCUAUGGCGAUGAUGAAGCCCAGAUAAUCCAGAUCCCCUAGGGCGAAAAACAUAGGUGCUGACAGGCCACACACGAGAUGUUAACAAAACAAUACAAUAAAUUAUACAGAGAUUGUCUCCUUCCAGGGUAAGUUUCAUCCUGGCACUAGACUGCCGGUAAUGGAUUGUGUUUGUUAAUUCAGAGAAAUCAAUUCUGUUGCAAGUCUGCGUGUAUUCUCUAGGAUUCAGAUUAUUUUAGUUCCAUUUUAUUCACAUUGGUGGAGCAAAAAGCUAAGUCGAUUGCUAUAGUGUUUGCUGUUGGAAAAGCCUGGUGUUGCGUUUAGAAUUUUAGGAAUGAGUUUAAAAGCUAUUGUUUUGUGAUGAGAUUAGAUGAGGCUGGAUUAGAGCUUUUUAUACCAAAUGACCUAUCAUCGGAAAACUAUUAUUUUUUUGACGUGGGACACGUCUUUGUUUACUAUACUGGGAUGCAUUCUGAAAAAUUGGAAAUGAAACGGGCAAAUGUUGCGUCAGAUUUCAAACGCUAAUAACAGCAUAACCACAUGAUGGAUAACAAUAACCAAUAUGUUGUUGGAUAGAUAAAAUGUAUAACAAUUUUGUAAUGUGUUUAUUAUCUCUCUAAUUUCAUUGCUAAGCGGUAAAAUUGAUAAUAAUUUCAAUAACAAAUUUACGCGAAUAAUGAACCAAUUACCUGCGAGCAUUCCUAGCACAGACGACGUGAAUGGACACCAUCCGUUCCCUGUGAUAUUCCCUGUAUCAAUUUCGAAAUAAAAAUUAACGGAGUCUCCCCGUCCCAAUAGGUCAAUUUAUUUUUGCUUCCAUGAGCUUAGACUAAUAUGAUGUCUCGAAGGUAAAAGUUUGAAACAAUACCCAUCCUUGAACAAUCUCUAAACCUGCGUGUUAGGUACUGUAGAACCUAAUAAAAACUGAUGUCUUGAAAGAAAACAUGCCAGUAAAAGCAACAGUACCAGAGGAGUAUAGAACCGCAGGGCUCUCGUCGUCUAUGAUUUCAUUGGUACUCUUCUAUUCGUACUGCAGCAGUACUAUUCGUAUUGCAGUGGUACACUUUUGUUCGUACAUUUCUAUUCGUAUGCAAUUGAGGAAAAACUACAAUGCUGCUGUUGAUGGUGAUUGAAAGUUUAUUUCAUAAAUAUGAUUGCCAUGAAUUACUCAACAAGAAUUGUAAAUUUUUGCAACGGAUAUUUAUUUAAUUUUAUCUUCGAUAUUCACUAAAUAAUCGUGACCGGAUAGUAUCGAAAGAGUAAAUUCCUAAAUAUAUACAUUUAUAGAAGAGUAAGAACCUGCGAAUGCUUGUGAUUUUUUAGUUUAUUUAGUAAGAUUCGUACAGAAUCUCUUUUUAUAUUUCAAAAUUGUUAGAUGAUAUAUUAUUAUUCUAAGCUUUACCAUAGUAAACGUAUAUUUCCUGUCUUCGUAAUACAGCGAAUGUAGUUGCAGGCAAAUGAAAAAAUUGUCAAGCAAAAAAUAAAAAUGUAAUUGUGGAUUUCUACGAUUUCUUGCUGGAACUUGUUAGGAAUUUUGUUCAAAAUAUUUUCUUAUGUUUUCCAAUUGAUGAACCUUUGUAAGGGCUUCCAUAUUAUUUUGAAAGUAAGAUCCAUGCUAUAGAUUUGAUUUAGUUAGAGUUAAAUAAGACAAAACCAUUCAUUAUGAUAACAUAAGCAUUAUUGGAUUUGGUUUUUGAGGAUAUAGAGAUAAUUCUGACUUUGACGCAUUAUGAGAAAUUCUUGGUGCUUCUUCAACAAGCACGAUAUGCUUGUGCCUUGUUAAAUACAUAUUUUUUUGCACAAAAAAAAAAUACUAAAGGCAUAAUAUCGCCAAAUAUGAAUGAUAUUUCUUCGAGUGUUGUUGAAUAUAUUCCAAAAAUUGAUUUCCAGGGGAGGCUGAAAAUAAACACAUUGAUUCUGUCUGCAGCAGACUCUGUAUAUUUUGUAACAAAAAAUCCCCUAAUUACAGUGUUUAGUCCCACGUCACCAUUUCAUAAAACCCUAGGGCUGUAUACCUUGUAGUAUUUAAAUGAAACUUUGCACAUGUGCUUGACUUAGCAAACUGAUAUUUUUCAACUUAUGUGAGUUAAUUAUUGUGCUAACAAGUAAAAAAUAUGAAAAAUCAUCCACGAGAAGAGAAUUAAAAAUUAUGUGAAUAAUAUGUGAAUACUGAAAAAAGUUCAGUUUUUUGUUAAGUUGAAUUUAGAAGGAAUAGCAAUUUUUUUUUCAGAUUUUCAUUAAUGUUUUCGAUUACUAUGUAUACUGUGAAUUAUUAGGCCUACUAACGGAAAAACGAGAAUUUUGAACUAAACUGUUUUGAAUUGUUUAUACAGUCUUCAUCUAGACUCCUCUUACAAUGGCCAAUGACACAUAUUAAAGUUACUAUAUGUAAAUAAAUAAAAAGAAUCUUCCAGCAUUUUUGAACCAGUUUCGAAGUGAUGC